UUUUAUGUGCCCAUAGCACAAUGUUUUUCUUGCAGACAGAAUUCGGCUAUUAUUUAAGAGAAGUUAUAAUUUUUGUCAUAGGUAAAACUAUUAUAUAUAAAAGAUAUAUAAAAUGGAGACCCAGGAAGAUGAAGAGCUUAAGCAACGAAUGAGAAAUCAGCUUUUGCUGAGUCAGACUUCUUCAUUUUACCCAACCAAUAGUCCAAUGCCACCAAGCAAUUCUACUACUGGCAUCUAUUAUCCAUCUAACCCCUCUGUUGCGCCGGUUACACCAAUGACAGGAAACCCUAUGACACCAAUGACAGCUCCAAUGACACCCAUUGCCACGCCCAUGUCUGCAGAAGCUUCAGGAAUUGUGCCACAACUGCAAAAUAUUGUUUCAACCGUCAAUCUCAGUUGUAAACUAGAUUUAAAGAAAAUCGCAUUACACGCAAGAAAUGCUGAAUAUAAUCCCAAGCGUUUUGCGGCAGUGAUCAUGAGAAUUCGUGAACCAAGAACAACAGCAUUGAUUUUUAGUUCUGGAAAGAUGGUGUGCACAGGAGCCAAAAGUGAGGAGCAGUCUCGAUUAGCUGCACGAAAGUACGCCAGAGUUAUUCAAAAGUUGGGCUUUCCGGCAAAAUUCGUCGAUUUUAAAAUACAGAAUAUCGUUGGAAGCUGUGACGUCAAGUUUCCUAUUCGUCUGGAAGGAUUGGUAUUAGCACAUAGUCAGUUUUGCAGUUACGAGCCCGAACUGUUUCCUGGUUUGAUAUAUCGUAUGGUAAAACCGAAAAUCGUUCUUUUGAUAUUCGUGUCCGGCAAAGUGGUAUUGACAGGUGCGAAAGUCAGAUCUGAAAUAUACGAAGCAUUUGAAAGUAUAUACCCUAUCCUUCGAGGAUUCCGAAAAACUUGAAACAUGUUUCUAUGUUGUGCUCAACAUUCUCCACAACAGAUCGCGCAUCUACCUGAUAGCGGACGAUGUCCUUUGGUGAUUCCCUGGAGACGAAGUUUACUUUGUGAAGACCUUUUUGUUUCUAUCCACAGAAUUGAUUUGCCUUAGCAAGCACAUUCUGAUGUUGUUGUUUUUUUAAUUUAACGAUAUUUGCCACAGACUUUGUAUAUAGUAUUAAAAAAAUAUUUUUACUGAGAGAUAAAAUAAAUCGUCAUAAA